AUGGAGGGUGGGCCGUACAAAACCUGUGUAAAUGGUCAAUGGACUGGAGAGAUGAGAUGCCUCAAACCCUGCACUGUAAAUAGAGAAGACAUGAACAAACACAAUAUUCAAUUCAGAUAUGUCAGCGAUGAUAAGCUGUAUUCAGAACAUAAUGAUGUAAUUGAGUUCAUAUGUAGCAGGGGAAGACGUGUUGGCAGUUUGGAAAUGCAGUGUUCAGAGCUCCCAAAUGUUCCUCACGCUCAUGUGUCAGAAGGAACCAGCAAAGUUGUGUACCAGGAAGGAGAUGUGAUACAUUUUUCUUGUGAAUCUGGUUACAUAUCAGAUCAGAUCUCGAAAUUUAUAUGCACAGCUGAUGGUUGGCUGGUUGUCCAUCAGGGAAAGUGCUACUCAUGUUCAACGCUUCCAGAUGUUCCCCAUGCCCAAGUAACACAAGAGACAAGAACAUCUCAGUAUCAAGCAGGACACAUGAUACAUUUUGCUUGCGAACCUGGCUAUACAUCAGCUCUCACCAUCAAAUACGUAUGUACAACUGAGGGCUGGCAGCCACUCCAAAGGGGGUCGUGCUACCGUGCCCAGGGUUGUGGGAGGCCACCACCUCUUUCAGAUGGAGACACCAAAACAAGUACUAAACGGCUGUACCAACAUAAUGAAAAGGUUGAAUAUAUCUGUCAGCGUUAUCACGUCAUGAAGGGUGGACCGUUCAAAACAUGUAAUGAUGGUGAAUGGACUGGAGAGAUUAGAUGCCUCCAACCCUGCACUGUGAAUAGAGACGACAUGAACAGACAUAAUAUUUGGUUCAGAUAUUCAAGAGAUGAUAAACUGUAUUCAGAACAUGAUGAUGAAAUCGAGUUUAUGUGUACCAGAGGAAGACCCGUUGGGACACUGGGAAUGCGUCAGAAGUGUGAACAUGGUGUG